GUGUCUAUGGCUGCUGCACCUAUUGCUGCCCCUAGUCGCUCUGUAUCUAUGGCUGUCGAUGCACCUAUUAACCAACAAAGGAACCACAACCGCAUGAAGUCGAGCGAUAGAAUCCCCACUAUUCCCCAGAACGCCCGCCCAUUGCCAGUUCAACCCGAACACCCCCGACGUGCGUUCCUUUCCCCCAACAAGAUGCUCGCUUUCGGCGCUGGUGAGCUAGAUGAGUACACUCCUAUUAACUCCCCCGAUAAAGUGAGUGGACCGAACGUCACCGGCAACAAUGUCCACUGGGGGCAAUCUCAAUUCAUUGAGGCAUCUCCUGAGUACUUCUCCCCUGCUGGAUCAUCUCCUAUUCACCACGAACCUCACGAUACUCAAAUCGGAUCCUUCGCUGAGCGCUUGGCUACCCAAGGAAGCCGCUCUGUCUCUUAUGCAUUCUCAUCAGCUGCUCAACAUGCCAUUGAUCGAUGCGAGACAGCGGUCGAAGACAAGAAGAAUGACGAUAUCAAAGGGCACCGUCGCGGCCCUUCUGCUCUCUUCCCAACCGCACCGGCCUUACAUCUUGAGGUUACAGACAGUGACGGAUCCAGCUCGUGGCGAACUAUUGGCUCUUCAGAGGAAGAGGAAGGCUUCAAGGAGAAGAAGGCUGAGAGCAGGACCAAACUCCGACGUGGCUGUCUGUCCGAACAGAACUUGAAGCGAAACGAACUUGCUUACAAGGAGGUCAACAAAGACCACAAGUCAGAGGAGAACCUCAAAGUGAAGAAGAGAGUUUCGUUCAAGAGCGAGACAUCUAUCAUCUACCACAGCCCCGAGUCCUCCAACCAGACAUCUAUCCACCAAGCGUCUAGUCCUUCCUCUUAUGUUGGGCCCCAACUGCAGGCACAAAUGAUGACGCCGGCGCUUCCUCCUCCUCCCGGAGGUCUUGUCUAUGUUGCUGUACCUGAGUCCGUUGCUACGCAGUUGAGCAAUGCUCACUUCUACGGCUAUCCGUCCCACCAGCAUGAGGCUCAGUACCAAGCGCCUCAUCGAGUCUAUCAGAACCACCCUCAGGCUCACUACCAGGUUCACAAUCAGGUCCACAACCAGACCUUCUAUGGCGAGAGCGCUGGCGCUAUGUACCGAGCCCAGCCGCAGGUUCCUUUCGGGGAGAGUGUCCAGACACCAUACUAUGGAUACACUCGACCCGCCUACGACGAUCGUACUGUGAGGUACCAGAACCCUCGGGUUCAGUACCGAAGAUCCCAGCUAGGGGAUCCUCAGGGUAACCCUUACGCAUCGUACGCUCCCGCCGAGAGCCCUCACCAGAGGCGACAGCGUGUCGAGGCGGAACGAUACCGCCGCUACAACGCCUAG